AUGGUCGUCACCAAUUAUGAUGCAUUGCGGAAACAAGCAAGACUACUGGAAAAUGAAAUCGACCUUAAGCUGGUGGCUUUCAGUAAGAUAGGCUCUAGCUCCAGUUCGACAAUGGGUCAUAGUUCGAAUGCUACGGACACUGCACCAUUAUUAGGAGAACAUGUAUUUGACUCAUUGUCGGAGGAAAUUGCUCAGAUGUUAGAUAAGCUUUCAUCUAUCAAUGAGGCAAUGACAGAACUUCCAACAUCGGGUGCUGCAAUGAUGCACACACUACAACGUCAUCGUGAAAUAUUGCAAGGCUAUCGCCAGGAAUUUAAUAAAAUUAGCGCCAAUCACACAAUGCGACUGGAGCGUGAAGAGCUAUUGAGAGGUUCUGGCUUAUCGACAAACAGUCCUUCAAUAUCCGGCCUAAGUAGACGAGAUAUGUAUUUGAAAGAAAGUUCGCAUAUUAAUAGUUCCAAUACAUUGAUAAAUGAUCAAAUUAACAUUGCUAUUGAGACUAGAGAGCAUUUGUUAUCGCAGCGGCAAGCAUUCAAACGUUUUCAAACUCGACUUAAUGAUAUAUCAAAUCGUUUUCCGUUAAUAUCCAGUUUAAUACAGCGAAUAAAUAUUAAAAAGAAACGAGAUGCAUUAAUACUGGGUGCUGUAAUUGGUUUUUGUGUAAUUUUAUUAAUAAUAUAUGCUUUUAAUUAG